AUGACCCGACCAACGACCUCACCCUCCUCAUCCUCAGUAUCUUCAUCUUGUGGAUUAGAAGGUCUACCCAAGAAAGUCAUCAGAAGAAAGAAAGCCAACGAUCGUGAAAGAAAUCGCAUGCACGGUCUAAACAAUGCCAUGGACGUGCUCAGAGAACGAAUGCCAUUGAUUUCGACACAACAAAAGUUGUCCAAGAUCGAAACUUUGAGACUGGCAACGUAAGUUAUCUUUGGGGUAAUUGAGAGCUCUUACUUUGGUUUUAAGGUUAGGCUCUUACAGUAUUCUCUUUAUGAAAACCCUUGAUUAAACCUUAUCUUUACCAAUACUUGUCUCACUAAAGUUGCAAACUUAUAUCUUCGAAAGGAGAAAAAAUACAGUACCGUUUACUCUACCUUUUUAACACCGGUUAAAAUACUUUAUACAGUAUGCCUUGUGAUUAUAGUUAAUAGAAUCUUGUCAAAGUGAGUUGCGCAAUUGUUGUGCCAAUUUGUCAUCGUUGGCUUCGGUUACCUAACGCAGCAUCGAAUCUCGGCUAAUUAUAAUCGUUGUUUGGCCUACAAUCAUCGUUGUUUGGCCUAACAAUCAUCAAAUUUCAUUUCUUGGGAAGUGAACGGUCAUAACUAGUUAAGAAUAUGACUAGCCUGUAAUUAUUUUUCCAUGUUUACCUUUUAUAACCCAACCUUAUAUAUUCAUUGUAAAGCCUUUUAUAAAUACCUUACUACCCCCUUAAACCUACUAUAGCAAGCCUAAUCCCCUUAUCUAUACAAAACUGCUCUCUCAAUUAUAUUAACCAUCCUGAAAGCCCAGAGUAGACAUUGUCCUGGAUACCUAAAGUCUCUUGUGCAAUAAUCCACCUCUUGAUCCGGUUCUUGAAUUCGAGUGUCAUUAAGCAUGCGUAUAAUCAAGUGCCAUUUCUAUGCUUGGCCAUGAACGUUUAACAAGAGGACACGAAGGCCAAGGACCGGUUCAAGAGCCGUUCGAUUGUUUUUAUUCGCAGAUUAAGGGUAAAAUUACCAAAAAUUAGUAGGAGUAGACUUUCAGUACUUAUAGUACUAGUGCUUGUAAGUCCGAGUACUGAAAAGAUUAGUACCUUUAGGUCAGUAUGAAGUUAUUACUUGCUGGUGAGUACUAAUUGAGUACGUGCCCAGAUUUUUAAAAUGGGUUUAAUAAUUUAAAAUUCAAGCAAUUAAACCCACUCAUCAUUACUGUCAUGCUCAAUUUAGAUUCGUAUGAAUAAUAUAAGCUCGUAUGAAUACCGUAGACUGGCAUAAUAACGCCAUUUCUUCUUUACACCUUCAUACCAAAAUGUGCUUUCUUCUAUACUUGUAACUCUAACCUUAGCUCUCAUAUUUGAUACACAAUAGUACCCUGAUAGUACAAGUUUUACAUUAAUCAUACUAAACGCUUAUGUAGUACUAAGUCUUUCAAAUAAUUCUGUGCCCGUUACCCCGCAAAUUUGCUUGGGGGCACAUAAUUAGUAGAACAACCUAAUAGUACCGCUGUCCACUAUCAAGCACUAUAGACUACUAUCAAAACACAAACCAUUACUGUAAAUCAUGGAUGGCUCUAUAUUGCAUGAUUUACAGUAGUAUUUUGUAUUAUAAUAUAAUCCCUAUGCUAUCCUAGCUCUUGUUUGCUUAUUUACAGUGCUAUGUAUCUAUGUCAAUGUCGAUCCACUUAAUUCUGUAGAUUCUUGUCCGGAAACCACUUAUGCUUGAUCGAAAUAUGACCCAAACCGUUUAACCGGGAUCGAAUGACCAUGUUUAUGUUGUAAAAGGUGAUCCCACCUAUCUCUGUUUGUCCAACAAAUUUUUGUAUAUUACGAUUAUUGCUUGAGCAAAUAUUACGGGGAUUAGGUGCUACAACAAUAUAAGAUUUUGGCUACUGUAACAUACAAAUAUUAAGCUUUUUUAGCUUAUAAGUCUUUGAACUGACUGUAUCUCUCAUACUUUAAACUGUCUGUCUCUCUCACAUUCUCUUCUCUCUAUAAACUCUCUUUUCCCCUCUGUUCUACCCUAAUUUGCAUGCCUAACUUUUAAUAAGCACUUGAAGAAUUUCGAGAUUAAAACCGCAUAAUUAUUGCGCCAAUUCUCACCUCACUAACCCGCACUACAAUAGAGAACCAUGUCCCAAUCUCUUGUCCCCGAACAGCCACUAGACAGUCUAUAUUAUAAUAGACAUGUCUCGAUAGACUGUCCUCGCUUGAUCUGUUGAUUACACGUUGUUCAAUAAUUAAUGCUCGAGAUUUAUUCUCGGACAAUAGAUUAAUCGGUCAAUGGGAGUAUUGGCGUGAAUUUGUUUUCUAUUGGCAUGGGUUUUAUUUUGUUAUGGAUUCGUUCGCUAUUUUUAUUGUUUUGGGGUCAGUGGGUGUAAAGAUCAAAAUUUAUAAAAAAGAUUUAAAUUUUUAAAAUUUCAAAUUUACGAAAUAUAUACUUGUUCAAAUACUUACACGCAACAAUUUAAAAAACCUAAAUUUGAUAACAUUUAAAAAUUUUUAACCAUUGCAUUUUCAGAAACUACAUCACCCUCCUCAACAUAAUUCUUCAACAAAACCGCGAGCCCUCUCCUCUAGAAUGUGCCAAAGUCUUAUCAUCCGGCUUAUCUCAAACAACCGCCAACAUGAUUGCCAAUCUCUACAAUAUCCCACCUCGAAUACUGAUGAUCUCUCAACAAUCAAAACCAACUCUAAACACAUCUUCUAGCUCGGAAGGUGAAUAUUUUGAAACGCCCAAUCAGUUCUCAAUGCUCGGCUCAACAGAAUUGCAAAGUUUGAGUAUGAUGACGGAUGUCAAGUACCCUCCAAUAGAAUCAAACCUACAGCAUGUCAGCCCUUAUGGUACGUUAGGUAGUGGUCAGAAUGGCAUGGUUUAUGGAGGGUAUCAAAAUGGAUUUUGA